AUGCUGGCAGAGGGGCGCAGGGAGCGGCUGGUCUGCAGCCAAUGGCGAGCGCUGUGUAGGACGGCAUUGUGAAGAGCCAGGGAUUUUAGCGCGGGCACCAGUCGGCGUUUGACUUGAUCCUUAUGUUCUUCUCCUAACGUCCAAGGGACAUCCGAAACGACGAAAGCUCUGUUUUGAACCGCAGAUUUCUCUUGCCAAAUAUUGUUGACAGGCACCAUGACCGACAGGAAGGCUGUGAUCAAGAACGCCGACAUGUCUGAAGACAUGCAGCAGGAUGCGGUGGACUGUGCUACGCAGGCCAUGGAGAAAUACAACAUAGAGAAGGACAUUGCCGCAUACAUCAAAAAGGAGUUCGAUAAGAAAUACAAUCCUACGUGGCAUUGCAUUGUGGGAAGGAACUUCGGCAGCUACGUGACCCAUGAGACAAAACACUUCAUCUACUUCUACUUGGGCCAGGUGGCCAUUCUCCUCUUCAAGUCUGGCUGAGUCUAGACCGGACCAGACCGUAGAAUGUAUCUCCAAUGAAGACUGUGAUGCACUGGUGGCUGAUGUCAUCUACGAAUAUUAAACGAGACCAUACCAUGACUAUGCUGGCUGUGCACAACUGCAUGGAUCAUAUCCCAUACUACUUGUGUACAUGUUGCAGUUAAAUUGCUUUUCAUUAGAGGCCCCAAGUUUUUGUUAAUGGUCCUUGCAGGUUUUUCCUAGCACAUAUGUUGUAAAAAGUUUAAAAACGAACAAAAAAAGCAUAAUAAAGGAAGUCAGAAAAUGUGAAGUAUUGACCAGCACACAUGUCUGCUAUAAAUGGAUAUAUUUUUGGUGACUUAGUGCUGUAAUAUAUUGAAUGCCAUGCGCUGUAUGUCAUUUUUGGGGUAUUGGGGCAAAGCAUAGAAGCACAUUUGGUUGAAUGGAGGUGGGUCUGUAUAGUUUGAUUUGAAGCGUUCUCUUGUUAUAGAAGGGGUGUUUUCGUCCGAUUACCUCUGCAGUAAAUGUAUGUUUUCUUUUCAUUUGAUGUUUGAGGUAUUGCGUUUGAGAGAACUAUUGGAAAUGUCUAUCUGAAUAUACAAUGGAUUAGAUGUAUGUAGUUGAGAUGCACAUAUAAUAAAGUUUAAGAGCAAAAACCCAUCAUAUGGAAGUCAUAUACUAACUCCUUCAAGCUAAUAACAUGAUGUUGUCAAGUCUUUUCAUGUAUUUGUCUGCAGAGCAGGUUUCUGAAUGUAAGAAGUAGUUGGGGUUUGAUCGCACAACAGAUGUAUUUGCCGUCUUCCUGUCUGCUAUUUCGGAGUAGAAUUAAUUUGCAUGUGUCUGUUUUUGCCUUUUUUUGAAGUUCUGAUGUCAGCAUUUGAUCAUAUGACUGUAUAGUUUGCACAUAGCAUAUUCCAUAUGCCCACUCAGGUACCGCCAUUGACAAAAGCGGCCUGUUAUAUUCAUUAAAAUGUGAUUGAAAGAU